AUGCCUAAUAUCGGUAUUAAAAGAAGUUUACUUUUUAAAGAACUUGGUCAGAAAUAUACUGACAAAGAAUUCGAUCAAUUAUGUUUUGAUUUUGGAAUAGAAUUAGAUGAUAUUGAACCUAUACCAGAAUCAAACGGUGAAGAUGUUGAAUACAAAAUUGAUAUUCCAGCUAAUCGUUAUGAUAUUCUCUGUUUGGAAGGUUUAAGCCGAGCAUUAAAAAUCUUCUUACAAAAAGGUGAACUACCAAAAUUUACUUUAUCAAAUCAAAAAUUAAUUCGAAUGAAAAUUUUACCAAAUACUCAACGCAUUCGUCCAAUUGUUGUUGGCGCAGUUCUUCGUAAUAUAACAUUUAAUGCCGAUAGUUACAAUAGUUUUAUAAAAUUACAAGAUAAAUUACAUCAAAAUUUAUGUCGUAAUCGAACAUUAGUUGCUAUAGGUACACAUGAUCUUGAUACAAUUAAACCACCAUUUAUUUAUGAUGCUCGUGAACCCAAACAAAUUAAAUUUCGAUCAUUAAAUCAACAGAAAGAAAUGCAAGCUGAUGAAAUGCUUGAAUUUUAUUCUAAAGAUUCACACCUUAAACGUUAUGUAUCAAUUAUUCAAGAAUCAGAUGUCUAUCCGGUUAUUUAUGAUUCAAACAAUGUAGUUUUAUCACUUCCACCAAUUAUAAAUGGUGAUCAUAGUAAAAUGAGUGUGAAUACAAAAAAUGUUUUUAUUGAAUGUACUGCAGUAGAUUUACAUAAAGCAAAUGUUGUACUUAAUAUUAUGUUAACAAUGUUUGCUCAAUAUUGUAGUAAACCAUUUGAAAUUGAACCGGUAGAAGUUGAACAAGUCGAUGGAACAGUUACUGUCUAUCCUAAUUUAGAUGAUCGAGUUGAAAAUGUAUCCGUAAAAAAAAUUAACAAACGUAUUGGCAUAGAAGUAGAUGCUAAAACUGCAGCUACACUUUUAACUCGAAUGAGUCUUCGAACGAAAGUUAUCGAUCCUGAUACACUCCGUAUUGAAAUACCAGUAACAAGAGCCGAUAUUCUUCAUUUCUGCGAUAUAGCUGAAGAUUGUGCAGUUGCCUAUGGUUUUAAUAAUAUUCAUAAAACUGUUCCGAAAACAGUUUGUAUUGGAAAUCAAUUUGAAUUAAAUCGUGUAUCGGAUCUUAUUCGACAUUCUGUUGCUGAAGCUGGUUUUAUCGAAGCAUUAACAUUUACUUUAUGUUCAUGUGCAGAUGUAGCAGAAAAAUUUGGAAAAACUAUUGAAAGUAUUCCUGCAGUACAUAUUGGAAAUCCUAAAACACAAGAUUUUCAAAUCGGUCGAACAACACUUUUACCAGGUUUAUUAAAAACAAUUGCAAAUAAUCAAGGUACCGCAUUACCUAUUCAAUUAUUCGAAGUUUCAGAUGUUAUUCUUAAAGAUUUAACUCGAGAAACUGGUAGUCGAAAUGAAAGAAGAUUAUGUGCAGUUUUUUAUAAUAAAACACCAGGUUUUGAAACAAUUCAUGGUUUACUUGAUCGAAUAAUGACAUUAGUUAAAGUAUCAUAUAAUGAAAAUAAAUCUGGUAAUCAAGGUUAUUAUUUAAAUAAUCAAUGCGAAGAUACGGCAUUUUUUCCUGGUCGACAUGCACAAGUUAUUGCUAAUGGUGGAAAUAUCGGUAUUAUUGGUGUUCUUCAUCCAAAUGUUAUUGAACAAUUUGGUUUGAAAUUACCAUGUUCAAUAUUAGAGAUAAACAUUGAACCGUUUGUUUAA